ACAUCUCUUUCAAACUCAUUCUCCCCCACUCUCUAAAAAGAAGAAGAAAUUAUUAACAAUUCUUCUUCUCUUUCUUCUUUCAAUUUCUUUCAAUUUCAAUCAGAUCCAAAAUCUAUACUUCCGUUAAAUUACAGUUUUUUUUCCGAUGGCGACGAUGAACAACAAUCAAGGAAACAGACAAGUGAAUAAUGCCGCCGCUCCUGUGAAUAUCUCUAAACAGUCUCUUCCGACGCCUAAAUCUGCCGAUACUCAAUCUGUUCUCAAAAGAUUACAGUCGGAACUCAUGGCCCUAAUGAUGAGUGGCGAUUCUGGUAUAUCUGCGUUUCCUGAGGAAGACAACAUAUUUUGUUGGAAAGGAACGAUCUCGGGGAGCAAAGAAACUGUAUUUGAAGGAACCGAGUAUAAACUUUCACUUUCGUUUCCAAACGAUUACCCCUUCAAGCCUCCAAAGGUCAAAUUCGAGACUGGUUGCUUUCAUCCUAACGUCGAUGUUUAUGGAAACAUAUGUUUAGAUAUACUCCAGGACAAAUGGUCAUCUGCUUAUGAUGUGAGAACUAUUCUGAUUUCUAUCCAAAGUCUGCUUGGAGAACCGAAUACAAGCUCGCCUCUGAAUACCCAAGCAGCAGCACUUUGGGAGAAUCAACAAGAAUACAGGAAAAUGGUGGAGAAGCUGUAUAAGCCAGUUGUAUAAGAUGGCGAAGACUGAAGAAUGAUUGAUUGUGGCUGUGCUUGUUGAUGCACAAUGUUGUUGCAGAGCAAAAGAAAUUCUUUUCAUUUUUUAUUACGUUAGCAUAAUAUUUGACAUAAGAAAUGUAUCGUGGAUGAAUCUCUUGCUCUUUGACAAUUUUCGGAUACAGCAAAAUUCAAUAUAAUUGUUUCUUUCUUUAA